GUCUUCAAGGAGCAGCUGUGCCGGCGGACGUUCCUCUCCUGCACUGCUCAGGCUCAUGCCUGGUGCCAGGAGAUCUGCCGGGACCGGGGGCAACUGCUGCAACUCUUUGGCAGACUGAACCGGGCGCUGCAGCACGAGCAGGGCUUCGCUGACCGCUUCCUUCCUGAUGAUGAGGCAGCCCGGGCAUUGGGCAGGACGUGCUGGGAGGCCCUGGUGAACCCCUUGGUGCAGAGCAUCACUAGCCCAGGCCCUGAUGGCGUCAGCCCCUUGGCCUGGCUGCUGAGGGAGUACCUGGAGAGCGUGGAGCCGCCCUGCCGUGCCAGGGGACACAGGGCUGCCUUUGGUUCCUGUGUGCGGCGCCUGACCCAGCUCCUGGUGCACGUGGACCCUGGUGGCCCAGAGCCAGAGGAGACAAGAGCAGCUGGUGGGAAGGCAGGGAAGAACAAGGAGGUGCCAGCCAGGGCUGCGAAGGCAGUGGUGGAGAAGUCGAGCAGCCUGUGGGGAAUCUCGCAGUGCUGGCGUGGCGUGGUGCAGCAGCAGGUGCAGCAAUUCCUGGAGGCAGCAGGGCAGGUACCAGACCUUGCAGAGCAAUACUGCAGGCUGUACCAGCGCCUGCGCGGUGCCACAGAGGAGCUCUUUGGGCAGCAGGCGGCCUUCAUGCUGGCCCUGGGCCAGGGCUUUGCGGGGGCUUUGCUGCAGCUCUCCUUCCUGACUGCCCUGCACGUGAGCGAGCAGUUUGCCCGCUACCUUGAUGUGCAGAUCCAGGAGCUGCGCAGGGCAGCGCAGGGCAGCACAGGGCCGCUGGAGCGGCUGCAGCAGUUCUUGGAGCCCUUUGUCGUCUUCAGUGGCCUGGAGCUCGCCCACACCUUUGAGCACUUCUACAGGCACUACCUGGGGGACCGGCUCCUGACGCAAGGGCCGUCUUGGCUGGAAGGAGGCAUCGUGGAGCAGAUCGGGCUGUGCUUCCCCAGCCGCUUUCCCCAAGAGAUGCUGAGCAACUUGGCUGAGUCAGAGGAACUCCAGCAGCAGUUCCGCCUCUUCCAGCUGCAGGAGCAGGAUAAGCAGCUGCUGGAGCUGGACACGGGCCUGGAUGAGGUGCUGGAGACAGCCUCAGUGGCGGAUGUGCCAGAGGUGAAGGUGCUGGCCCUGUCCCCACGCUGCUGGCCUGUUUCCCCACUCUGUUACAUGGAUAACCCUGGGAGGUUUUUCUCAGCAACGCUGAGCUCCCCCCUGGAUGAGUUUGCCGACUUCUGCCAGCAAAGUCAGAGCCAGCUGGGCUGGGAGUGCACGAAGCCCCAGCGAUUGCAGUGGACGUGGCUGGGCCACGCUGAGCUGCAGUUUGGAGACUGUGUCCUCCAUGUGUCCACACUACAGAUGUACAUCCUGCUGUGCUUCAACAGCACCGAGGAGGUGGCUGUGGAGGCCCUGCUGCAGGCUACAGGGCUCCCUGCUGACCUGGUGCACCACGCGCUGACACCGCUGACCCACGGCCAGGGCGUCCUGGUGCAGAGCUGCACGCCGGGAGGUACACUGCGGCUGAACCACACAGCCUUGGCCCAGGCCUCUGACCGCCACCUGAGGCUGCUGCCCCAGCAGAGGUACCUGCGGACGGAGAGGGCAGAGGUGAGUGCCCUGGAAAGGAAGAGGAACGUCCUCUGCUGCCUCAUAACCCGCAUCCUCAAGGUGGAGAAGCAGCUCCACGUCGACAACCUGGUGUUCAGGGUGAUUGAUGCCUGUCAGAAGGGCAGGUUGGGGCCAGGCCUGCAGUUCCUGAGCUUCUGCUGCCACAGCGUGGAUGUGCUGUCCUGCGUCCUGCACCUGUUGAACCAGGGCUCGCUCCAGCGCCAGGAGGGGAGGCCUCAUGUCUUGGAAUACAUCUCUGCUGAACCCACAACACCCCCCACUUCCCAGGUCCAGCCACAGGUUGCCUUCCAGACUGUCGAGAUCAAGAUGGCAUCUAGCCUGGCCUCUGCCGAAAAGAGAAAGACGUUUUCCACAUUCAGGUAGAUUAGGACCUGGUUGGGAGGACGCAGGCUGGGUCCAGUCUGUUUCUUCCUUGUGAGUUCUAUUUAAAUAAAUGAGCCAAGUGCCAUCCA